AUGGAGACUCCAAAGGAAGACGCCGUGAACCCGGAAGUCUCGAACGCACUGAUUCUGGACCCACACUUCCAGCUCCUCGAUGCCGUUGAAGACAACCUUCAGGUCGAAGCAGAACAGGUCUACGGCGACUUCGCUCAGCUAUGGCCGUACGGUAUCGUGCGUGAAGCGGAGGGCAAACAUCAGAAAGCACUCCUCAGACAGCUGGCAAACCUUUAAUGAGAGUGAAAGAUCUGGAGUCCAGCGCGGCGAAGGAGAUUGCGUUGAGAGAGAUUGAUUACGAACAGCAGUCCUGUCGGCGCAUGAAUAUGCUGGCAAGUGGAAUCACACUGUUUAAGACACACGGCGUGCGGAACAUCAAAGCUUCUAGAACGUCUUACAGGCCCGUCGAAGACGAUCAUAUCUGCAAGAUCUCGGAUGACUGCGCCGAGAUGCUGGCGGGCUCGAGGUGGUCUCAACUCAGCACCCAAGAGCAAGACUUUUGGGCGUCCGAGACAAAACAGUUAAUGGCAGCAGCCUCGGAGUCCUUGGAUGACAGCACAUAUGCGAAAUUCAUUGACCGAGAUUUCGCUGCAAGCUGCAGUGGUCAGAUCCUCAUAAACCACCCCAUCUGCUUCCGAAUUCCGACGCCGGAUGUCAACGCGCCGUCAAAAAUUGUUAAUCAGCCCUGCAGCGACUGUUCCCACCCGGUACUGGUUCCUCAACAGCCGCCUGUCGUUUCCCGUGGCGGACUCUAUACUCUUUCUUCGAAGAUCACCGAUCUUAUCGACACAGCUGAGAGCCUGUGCGACGAUCCUCUUGCCGUGCUUAAUGCGCUUGCCGAUGUGCUCACGGCAGAUGGGCGGGCACUUUUUGGUCGCCAUGGAUUGCUACCAGCCGAAGAAAAGGUUGGCCCGGAGAAGGCAUCGGCUUAUGUGGCAGAUGUGUGGAACAGUCUGGGACCGGAGGCGAAGUCUUACUGGAGAGCUCAGACAUCUUGGAUCCAGAACGGUCUAAGAAAGAACAUCAAAGGCUGGCUCGAUCAUGUGAAGAAUCAACAAUGCUCUCCACGAAACAUCCAGUACUUCUGCAGGAUUCGGCAGAGUUUGGAAGCAUAUGAGCUGAGGAAUGAAGAUGGUCAGGGAGCUCAUCGCUUGUCCGAUUCCUCUGACGCAGCCGUGUGCGAGGUCAACGACAAUCUGAGAACUGGCUUCGUGGCGCCUAACCUACUCCGCGAAAACGAUGAUGUACCGAGCACCUCUUCAGAGUCAAGCGAUCGUUUUCUAAAGACUGAGGCGAUCCUGACGACGAACACUCGCCACUCAAAUAACUUCGCAAUGAAAUUUCUGUGCGGCAGUCUUUCUGUGAGAGGGAGAACACCGUCAGCUGAUGAAAUCGUUUGGAAGUCUUUACAAGGCAUUGAAAAUCGCAUCUGCGAAAACACGAAUUCACAAUUGACCGGCCGGUUUCGUGGAACGCGGCUCAACUAUGACCCGUUGGCGGAAGACGUAACGCGCGAGACUAAAGUCGAAGAUGGAUGA